UACAGAUUUUCACGGGGGUGGCUAACUCCUUUGGCACAACCCACUGACUCCGUUGUGCUUCCAGUUCCAGCAUCAUCACCGCUCAUCAUCACUUCGCUUCUCUUCCGGACCGCUUUGUCACUGGAUUGUUUUUACUUGGACGUCAGGUGGUUGGUUAUUCCGUUACAGGCACGCAGGCAGUAUGUCCGACAAGAGUGAGCUGAAGGCCGAGCUUGAGAGGAAGAAACAGCGCAUCGCCCAGAUUCGAGAGGAGAAGAAAAGAAAAGAAGAAGAGAAGAAGAAGAAGGAUGGAGACUCAAAGCGUGCGGUGGAUUCCGCCGCGGGUGCCGAAGACUCGGACCUGGAGAAGAAGAGGAAGGAGGCCGAGGCUUUGUUGCAGAGUGUUGGCAUUACCCCUGACAUACAACAUGCCACAGCUCAGCCCCUGAGGGUAGUAACAGAGGAUACCUGUCUGUUUCACUACCUAGUCCCCGCCCCCAUGUCUCCCUCCAACAAAUCAGUGGCCAGCGACGCGGGAAGCCAGGAUUCUGGGGACGGAAACGCAGGACCAAGGACUUUGCAUUGGGACCCCGACCCCUCUACUCUGCAACUCCACGCCGACUCUGAGCUGAUGGGGCGUGGGGCCGUGAGGCUCGGCAUGUCCAAAGUGAUUCAAGUGGACAUUGUCCCCAAAGAGAUGGUGUCCUACUCAAAAGAGACCCAGACUCCCAGUGAAGCUCACACAGAACAAAAAGCAGAUGAGGAUGAGGAUGAGGAGAUAAGUGCGGCCCCACCAGUAGAGGUUGCUCAAGAGGAGAAAGAAGACCAGGGAGACCAACAUGAGGAAGACAUUCCCAAAGAGCUGACGGGAGAAGAGAAGCUGCAGGUCCUGCAUUCUCAGGACUUCCUGGCCUUUUUCGAACGCGGCAGCCGCAUUGUGGAGCGAGCGCUGUGCGAGCAGGUGGACGUCUGCUUUGACUACAGCGGCCGAGAUCUGGAGGACAAGGAGGGGGACCUGCAGGCGGGCGCCAAGCUGGUUCUGAACCGACAGUUUGCAGACGAACGCUGGAGCAAAAACAGAGUGGUCACCUGUCUCGACUGGUCUCCUCAGUACCCGGAGCUGCUGGUGGCCUCCUACAACAACAACGAGGACUCUCCUCAUGAGCCUGACGGAGUAGCCCUGGUCUGGAACCUGAAAUACAAGAAGAGCACCCCGGAGUACAUCUUCCACUGUCAGUCGGAGGUGAUGUCGGCUGGCUUUGCAAAGUUUCACCCCAACCUGGUUGUGGGCGGCACCUACUCGGGACAGAUUGUCUUAUGGGACAACCGCAGCAACAAGCGAACCCCCGUCCAGAGAACGCCGCUGUCGGCCACCGCGCACACGCAUCCCGUCUACUGCGUGAACGUGGUGGGAACGCAGAACGCCAACAACUUGAUCAGCAUCUCCACAGACGGCAAGAUGUGCUCGUGGAGCCUGGACAUGUUGUCCCAGCCGCAGGACAGUUUGGAGCUGGUGUUCAAGCAGAGCAAGGCGGUGGCCGUCACCUCCAUGGCCUUCCCGCUGGGUGAUGUGAACAACUUUGUGGUGGGCAGCGAGGACGGAUCCGUCUAUACUGCCUGUCGCCACGGGAGUAAGGCGGGCAUCACCGAGGUGUUUGAGGGCCACCACGGUCCAGUGACGGGAUUGAGUUGCCAUACAGCGGCGGGACCCGUGGACUUCUCUCAUCUCUUCAUCUCCUCUUCCUUCGACUGGACCGUCAAACUCUGGAGCACCAAGAGCACCCGGCCGCUCUACUCCUUUGAGGAUAGUUGUGACUACGUGUACGACGCCGUGUGGUCUCCGACGCACCCUGCGCUCUUCGCUUGCGUGGACCUUGCCGGACGUCUGGACUUGUGGAACCUCAACAACGACACGGAGGUCCCCACCGCCAGCGUGUACGUGGAAGGGGCUCCGGCGCUGAACCGCGUGCGAUGGGCUCACUCGGGAAAAGAGAUCGCUACGGGAGACUCGGAAGGACAAGUGCGGGUGUACGACGUGGGCGAGCAAAUCUGCGUGCCCAAGGCCGACGAGUGGACGCGCUUCGUCAGGACCCUGGCCGACAUUAACGAGAACAGAGACGAAGCCGAGGAGCUCGCCAACGUUUGAAGAGGCAACCCUUUUUCUUUUCUUUUCCUUCCACUUCCUGAAAUCACACGAGUUGGCGUCCUGCUUCCGGCCAGCCUGGAGAAACGUGCGGUGUUAGAUUGGAAUAGAACCAUUUGGAUGUUUGUUUGUGGAUCCCCCACUGACUGCUCAGUCAAUAUGGCCUCAAUCAAUAUGCAACUAUUUGUACUUGCACCUUUCUACGUACUAAUGUUGCAUUUUUCUAACAUUGUUUGAUUUGAUAUUUCCACAACACACCUUUUUGUGUCCAGGUCAGCACAAAUUGGAGACAUUAUUUCACUGUGUCCUGUGCAAGGGAGUGUUACACAGACAUAUUUAAUACUAUUUAUUCGGGUGCUUGCACGCAUAUAGUACUUUAAAAGGCUGCUUUGCACUUCAAAGUCUAUGCGCCGCACGCACUUAGCACUACAAGCUUUUUUUUAACUUGAAACUAUUAUUUCAUUUCUCAUGCAUUGCUUAAGAGCAGUCAUUUUUAGUAUCAAAAUGAAUUUGGAUGAUGAAGGUGUAGUUCAAAGGUCAUUGUUCUAGCUACUUUACCAUCCAACUCCUCAUGUUCAUGUUACAAACUAGCUGGUGUUUCUCAAUGUCUUGGACAAUAGUUUGAGAAGAACUUAACUUGUUGCUAAUUAAAAAGCAGAUGUGGCUA